AUGGUGAAGGUGGCUACCCAAGUGCGGAUCAAACAAGUGUUGGAGGCAGAGAACGUGGAUCCAGGAUCCCCGGAAGAUCAUGUGGUCGACCACCGAAAGACAUUGGAUCUGGAGGCGUCGGAUCUCACUGAGGUGGAUCCGCGUUGGAUCCAUGCCCAUCGGUCCUUCAAUGUACUUAAAGCCAAGAUCGCUACUACUCCGAUCUUACGGCACUUUGAUCCAGAUCGGAGAGCCACGGUCGUGGUGUAUACUAGAGAUUGGGCCAUUUCGGGACCGUUGAUGCAGGAAUACGACCAGAUCCACUACCCCUUGAUGUUUGCGAGCCGCACUCUGAAGUCGAAUGAGCUAAAUUAUAGCAUCGCAAAGAAAGAGGUAUUAGCCCUUCUGAGGAUCCUGGAUCUUAACUAUAAUGCGCAGGUCGGGCGUCCGAUCCGUGUGUUGACCCGACACUCUUCUUUGUCGUGGCUCUUCAGAUCCAAAGCCUUGCAGCGACGUUUAGGUCAGUGGGCUGCUCUACUGUCGCCAUGGACUCUCGAGAUCACCGAGUGCACCAAAGGGGAAGAUGAGAUCCUGGGAGCAUUGGCGGCGAGCAUUACGCCUAGAUCACAGGUGGAUAAGGCGCUGAUCUCGAUUGCCCCUAAGAAGGAGCCACGGCGCAAGAUCCAAGCUCCGAUCUCCACUAUUAGACGCGACGAUGCCCGUGUAAAGAGAGGUGGAGGCGCCUACAGCACGAUCCUGUGGAAAUUGCCUGAAUGGAGAGUGCUAAAGGCCAGGUCUGGCAACGCCGAAGGCCUAACAGUGAACGAAGCCGAAUAUCAUGAACUGUUGUUGUGUUUGGAUCUGUUGGAAGAUCUGGAUCCACGACGUCUAGUGAUCUGUGGGGACUCGAACCUGGUGAUCCGACAAGUACGAGGUGAGAUCGAUUGUAAGGCACCGGGUUUGACACUGCUGUACCAGCAGGCUCUGGAUCGACUACGUACUUGGCCAGAUCAUGAGCUGUUACAUGUUCAACGAGAUUGGAACGGGAGUGCGGACAGCUUAGCAAGCGCCGCUCUGCAGCGGCAAUGUGGGAUCGAGGUCGAGUCUGAAAAGGAGAUCCAGGAUCUAGUAACCUUGAACCGGUUGGAUGAGAUUGUGAUAGUGAAGAUCGAAGAUGAGAUCGCGCAGAUAUCUGCCGUAACGACUCGAUCUAAGGCUAGCUCUGGAGUGCGUACUGAACCUGAUCCAGACUCACUACGAGAGGAAGUUGUGAGAGAGCUGAGGAUCGAGCGGAUCCGGCAAGCACAAGAUGAAGAGUCGUGGAUCUUGGGUCUGAAGAAAUAUUUGGUUGGAGAGAUCCGGGAUCUGACACAAGAGGAUGCUAAGGUGUUUGGAUCAAUUGCCAUGAAUUACGAAGUGGAUCAGUCGGAUCUACUCUUCUACUGCCCGACAACUAAGGAGGCAGCUGCGGAUCGAGACAAGUUGAUGCGAUUGGUAAUACCUGAGACGCUUCAACAGGACAUUUUGCAUCGCUAUCAUACGAGUUUGCAGGGUGGGAUCGGUCGCACCUACGACCGGAUCCGUGAUCAUUUCCACUGGAAAGGGCUGUACAAGAAUGUACAGCGAUAUGUGGGAGAAUGUGCCGACUGCGAAACAGGCAAAGGACGACCCCAGAUCCAGGGUGAGUCACCUGGUAACCUUCAGGCGACAUAUCCGUUCCAGAUCAUUGUCAUGGAUCAUAUACCUUCAUUGCCUAGAUCCUUCAACGGCAACACCGAAUUGUUGAUCUUCGUGGAUCUAUUCUCGGGAUAUGUGAUCGCCAAAGCCAGCGCCUCUAGAUCCGCACAGACAAUCGCGGAGACCUACGAGGAGUGUGUCUUCCGCCGGUUUGGUGCGAGCGAGGUGAUCCGACACGAUCGGGAGCCAGGCUUUAUGUCUAAUUUCUUUAAGUCUUUCAACAAGAUCUUGGGGCAUGUGGAAGAUCUUGAUCAACGAAAUUGGGACGAGUAUGCUGAGCGUCUCACCUUCGCGAUCAACACUAUCUACUCUGGAGGCGGUGAUCCCGGUGGGGAGUACUCGCAGGCACGAUCAAUCUCCGAGAAGUACUACCAACAAGCUCGAGAACAAGUGUAUCAGCGUUUACGCGAAGCAAUGGUGGAUCGAGCCGACACCCAUAAUGAUCUGGUACAUCCGCACCUUGUGGAGGCUGGAUCAAGUGUCUGGUUGUACUUAGAUCGAAAGAUCGGAGAAUAUGCAGUGAGGUUGAAGAUUGCAGGAUCCACAUACAGCAUUUUCUCGGUGGUGCAUGUCUCGAAGAUCAAACUGGUCAAGAUAUUUCCAGAUCGACCAGUAGCUCGCCUAGAGGAGCCGGAUAGCGAUCGGGUGGAUUUCGAUGAAGCUCUCUUACCGGAAGAUAGUUGGAUCCAGGAUCGGGGUUCAGAUGAAUACGAAGUGUAUUGA